UGGGCGGCCGCCGAGCAGACGCCCGGGCUUCGAGCUGCGAGCUCUGGUCUCCCGCCAUGGCCCCCGCUCCGCCGCCCGCCGCCUCCUUCUCAACCGCCGAGGUCCAGCGGCGCCUGGCGGCCGGCGCCUGCUGGGUACGCUGCGGGGCCCGCCUCUACGACCUCACCGGCUUCGUGCGGCACCACCCAGGGGGCGAGCAGCUGCUGAGGGCAAGGGCUGGCCAGGAUGUUAGCGCCGACCUGGACGGGCCACCGCACCGGCACUCGGCCAACGCGCGCCUCUGGCUUGAGCAGUACUACGUGGGCGACCUGCAAGGAGACCCUCAGGGUUCCAUGGAGAAUGGGGCUUCGGACUCUGCAAACACUCAGAAGACAGACCCCGCGAUGGGGCCGAAGCUCAAAGUGGUGGACUGGGACAAGGACCUGGUAGACUGGCGGAAGCCCCUACUAUGGCAAGUCGGCCACUUGGGAGAGAAGUACAAUGAGUGGGUCCACCAGCCAGUGACCAGGCCCAUUCGCCUCUUCCACUCAGACCUCAUUGAGGCCCUCAGCAAGACUGUCUGGUACAGUGUCCCCAUCAUCUGGGUGCCCCUGAUGCUAUAUCUCAGUUGGUUCUACUACCGAACCCUCGCCCAGGGCAAUGUCCGACUCUUCACAACCUUCACCACAGAGUACUCAGUAGCCAUGCCCGAGUCUGUGUUCCCAGGCCUCUUCUUGCUGGGCCUGUUCCUCUGGACCCUGAUAGAGUACCUCAUCCACCGCUUCCUCUUCCACAUGAAGCCCCCCAGCGACAGCUAUUACCUCAUCAUGCUGCACUUCGUCAUGCAUGGCCAGCACCACAAGGCACCCUUCGACGAGUCCCGCCUGGUCUUCCCCCCUGUGCCAGCCUCUCUGGUGAUCGCCUUCUUCUAUGUGUUCUUGCGGCUCAUCCUGCCCGAGGCAGUUGGGGGCACUGUGUUUGCGGGGGGCCUCCUGGGCUACGUCAUCUACGACAUGAUCCACUACUACCUGCACUUCGGCUCCCCACACAGGGGCUCCUACCUUUACAGCCUGAAGGCCCACCACGUCAAGCAUCACUUUGCGCAUCAGCAGUCAGGAUUUGGCAUCAGCACUAAAAUUUGGGAUCACUUUUUCCACACCCUUAUACCGGAAGAAUCCCACCCGAAGAUGCAGUGACAACUCCCAUCCCUGCCAUCCUGCCCUCAGCCCCGUCAUGGCCGCUGCCCCAGCCCACUCCCAUCCAGACCCUGCAAAGAAGGCAGGACGGGCUUUGUCCGGCCCUUGGGCUUGGUGGAGGGUGUCAGGGAGAACUUGAAGACUGAGACUGCCCUCUUGACCCAGCACAAGAGGGUCAUGUCUGCUUGGUGGCCAAAUGGCUCUCGGGGACUAGCUCUUUCCUGGAGCAUCCCUGCCUCUCCACCAGCAUCCCUGCCCAGAGCCUUAGCCCACAGGACUGCUUCAGGACCUGGCCAAGGGGGAAUUUCUGAGGGGAAUGAAGGAAACUGACCCCUGGGACCAGGCCCACCUGUGUCUUAGCACCUUGAGAUGCCCCUCAUGGUGGAGCUGCCAGUGUUCACAGCAGAGAGCAGAGCCUGCGGGGCUGUGGCCCUCAUCUUCCCCACCUUCCCUCCCUGGGGAGGAGGUGGUGGCUCUGGAUGUUCUCCUGAGGACUGGAGAACACGGAGGUGGAGGAAGAGCUCUCACAGAAGAGACAGCAUGAAGCCUCCCACAGGCCACCCCCAAUCCCGGGCAGCGCCUUUGUCCCCACCAGUGACAAACACCAGCUGUACCACCAGAUGCCUUGGCCUGUGACACAUCCAGCACCCAUGCGCCUGGCCCUCACCUGUUUUUGCAGGUGGGCUGAGGGAGCUGGCAGCAGCCUCAAAGCUGGAGGGAGCCCACACCCAUUUCUCUAGGAACCACCAGCUGCUCUAGCCACCUCUCCCCAACCUCCAAAAUCACAAAGCUUUUCCCUAAGGGAGGCUGAAGAGUCCUCUGCAUGAGUGGGAGCCCUAUCCUGUCCCCUGCCAUUCUUGACUCCCACCUGCCGUAGGUGGGCCUCCGGCUGCCUCACUCUGGACCCUUCCAGUCAGUGCCUCCUUAUUCAAGAAGCAGCCUCCAUGCGGUGCCUUAUCUCCCUGCCCCUCACCCCACGGAUGAGGUUUCCCUUCUCUUCCUCGUAACCAAAACCCUCACUGCUCAUAAGAGGGUCUUAUUUAUAAACUAUAUAAAUACCCUGAGUCGGGCUCCAGACCAAGUAGCUGCUCAGAUCCCCCUUUCUAAUCUUACGUGUCGAGCUUACGUAAAAAAAUUUUGUCUUAUGUUGGUUCCCUUCUUACCCACAAACCAAUACUACUUGAAACUUUUUAAAAACUCAACAUGUAUAAAAAGGCUAAAGGGAAGCAGUCUGACCGAUCCUGUGAUUUGUACUGUUUACUGCGGAGUUAUUUAAAGAUUUUGGAAUAAAUAUACAAACUACAGUUGUGAAAUAAAAGUGUAAAUAAAUUGUAUAUUUUGAAAAAUAAAAACACUGGGAAAGAAACCAACAAA